AUGGCGCUUGUCAUAAUAAUCGGACUUUUUAUCCUUCAGUCAAGUCUGGGUGUGCACCAGGAACAAAAAAGGUGCUCAACGCGAAAAGUAAAUUGCGCUUCAAGUACACAUCAAUCAUAUGAUGGGGCUUGUAACAACUUGGAAAACCCCACCCAAGGUGCUACCAAUACUGUAUUGAACCGCUUGUUACCACCGGAAUAUGAUGAUUCAAAAGACCAGCCAAGAUCGCAAGGUGUUUUUGGAAAACUUCCAUCAACAAGAAGCAUAUCGAAUACGUUGGAGGGCUCUAAGGUUUUAAUUUCAAGCGACAUAUCACAUAUGCAUGUAAUUUUUGGACAGUUGCUCGCGCAUGAUAUUGUGAUCACGGCAAUGACAACUGAAAACGAUGGUUCAGAGUUAGACUGCAACUGUUACAACCCUAAUAAAGACUGUAUCAACAUAGAAAUACCGUUUGGUGAUGUUCAGAGAAGAGAAGAUAAUGUUAAAUGCAUGCCUCUCGCAAGAUCAAAAGCUGCGACUGGUGCAGAUGGGUGCGAAUUUCCUUAUCGAGAACAAGUAAGCGAGCUCUCGAGUGUAAUUGACGCCUCGUUUGCUUAUGGAAAAUCUGAUGAAGAGGCGCGUGAAUUGCGGGAUCUUAGAUCACCUUCAGGAGAAUUGAAAACUUCGACAAACCCGGCAUCUGGACGACACGGAAACCUUCCCAAUCAAGAUCAUUUGGCCUAUACGGGCAUUGCGGACUCAAUGCAAUGCCCGAUAAAAGUUCAUACCCCAUCGGAUAUUCCGUGCUUCGUAGCCGGUGAUGUAAGAGCAAACGAAAAUCCAGGAAUUAUUUCAUUACAUACUAUUAUGGUUCGAUAUCAUAACCACCUUGCCAGGAGUCUUAAAUCAAUCAAUAAAGCGUGGUCUGGUGAUGAAGUUUUCCAUACUACUAGACGAAUUGUAUCCGCAGUAUACCAAUCUAUAACGUAUCGAGAGUAUAUCCCUCCCAUGCUGGGACCAUUGUGGACAAAAAGAUUUGGUUUGAAACUCAUUGAUGGAUAUGCGUAUUGGAACGGAUACGAUAAACGAUAUAACGUAGCCAUCACUAACGAAUUUGCAACUGCAGCUUUAAGGUACGCCCACAGUCAAGUUAGUGAUGUAUUGUCUCGCCCAGAUUCUUUUCUCCGACGCGGGAGCAUACCAGACGUUACGGUCGCCCGUACAUUUUUCACCAGUGAUGCUCAUUUAAACAAAUUUGGAGGUGGGUCAGGAGCAUUUUUGCGUGGCUUAAUGACUGACAACGCUCAGAAAACUGAUCCUACAUUGGUUGAUGCGUUGCGCAAUCAACUUUAUGCGGAAAGAAAUAAGAAAUUUGGCUUGGAUCUUUUUGCAGUCAACAUGCAAAGAGGACGAGAUCAUGGUUUGCCGGGUUAUAAUAAAUACAGAGAAUUGUGUGGUUUACCUAAAGCCAAUUCUUUCUAUGAGUUAUCAAGCGAAAUACCAGGUGAUGUUAUCAGUCGUCUAAAACAAGUUUACGAAUCUGUGCACGACAUCGAUCUGUAUGCUGGAGGAAUAGCCGAAAACCCCGUGACGGGUGGGCAAGUCGGACCAACAUUUGCUUGUAUUUUAGCCUACGGUUUCCGCUCACUAAGAAUGGGUGACCGUUACUGGCACGAAAACAAGCGCGAUCCCUCUUCAUUCACACCACAACAACUUGCUGCGAUACGCAACACAACAUUCGCUAGUAUUCUUUGUCAAGUCGGUGAAGACAUGAAAAUUGUGGCGAGGAAGCCGUUGAUUAUGAAAGACGGAAAACCCGACAACCUCGUCAGUUGCUACAGCAUACCUGGUAUAGAUCUUUACUCGUGGAAGCAGGAUAGCCAGUAUCAUAAGCAAGAAGCAGCAAGAAAUGUUGAAUACAAGUGGACCGUGUGGUUUGUUACGAAGUAUACCAAAAUAAAUCAAGUCGAUGUCGAAAAGGCGCCAUUACAUAUCUUAAAAACGAGGCCAGACGAAACAUGCGAAACUCGGUUAGGCUAUAAACUUCGUACUGUGCCACACAGUCGGUUUAUUCAAAUUCAAUUUGCUUGCCCCGUUGGUUCAAUUAAAUAUUCAGACUUUCCAUUUCAACUUUCGCCGAAUCACUACUGGUCAAAUUGGAUUUCGGCAUCUUCUUCUUACGGUCAUGAAUCAUCAGUCGAAAUUUACAAAUUUAAGUGUGAGCAUGUGGUGGCAAUUCAGGCAAAGUCAGGCAAGAAAUAUGCAAGUGAAACCGGUGACGUUUUUGAAAAAUUCGGCCCUCAGUCCGGAUUUUUAUGUCGGGACAAUGAUCAAAUUAAGGGAAAGUGUCACAAGUACACAGUUCGUGCAUUGUGCCUCGGUAAAAGAAAAAGUAUCAAAGGGAUAACCCGCCAGAAUGGCUACCCUGAACCUUUCGGUAUCAAAGAGAUAACCCGCCAGCAGAAUGCCUAUCCUGAACCUCCCGGUUUUGUCAGUUCCAGAAGAGCUUUAAAUAUUGCGACAUCGUAUUGUAAUUUGUACGGUGUUUGUUGCAAUCCCCCAUCUACACACUACAUGUUGACGUCUUCUCCAGUCAUGUUGUCCGCCAGAAACUUAUGCAGGCAAUACGGCAUUUGCUGUCGAUCCUGAAAUCUAUGUGCAAUUAUUUUAUAUUACAAUCAAACUUACUCGUAAUAAAUAUUUGUAUAAUGCCCUCUACAGUCUUUUGUCAAUUCUCACCCACAAAAGUCUAUUCUUUAUUGUAACCGUGGUUUGUCUGUGGCCAGUGAAUAAAAAUGGCUGUUCGUGCGCUUGUACAGUGUUAGAGCUUAAUGACUAAUGACCUUCAAAUCGGCUUGUAUAUGUACAUAUCUGUAGUUCAUCAUGCAUGCAUUAUAGUAAAAACGUGA